GCACCCAGCGUUUCACCAACCUGACGAAGCCACGCCAACCUACCUUGGGACGAACCGGGUCGCAUUAAAGGCGUAUUAGAGGCGGCCGUGUGGUAGAGUUGUGCUACGGAAGCGCGCCAGCGUGAAAGGUCACAUUGCAGGAGUUUAUCCUAAUAGUUCAUGCUCCUGCACACGUAGCUUUCGACUCUCCUUUUCCCCUUUCCAGCAUCUCCGUUCGAAUGGCGCUGCUGCCAGUAUUCCCUAGCCGCCGAUUGUUCGCGCGGCAUUCCCAAGGAGCGCAUACGGGGAUGCAGGCGCAAGCUGGGGAGGAAGCGGAGGAAGAGGGGGAGAGAGGGGACGAGAAUGCGCGGGAUAGACGGUUCGGAUUCACGGGACUCGCUACUAUCGAGGACGUGGUCGAUGAGCUGGGCAGCGAAUGGGAGGACGACACGUCAGUAGAGGAAUUCGAGGUCGAGAGGCCCACUCGCACUCCCUUGGUGGUCCCGACGACAGGCAAAGCGCGCACUGUGGGAGAAAGCAGAGGCGCACCCCAAAGUAGACCCCAAAAUAGAUCCCAAAGUAGACUCCAGUGUAGAUCCAGCCACGGCGCAACGAUGGCCCGUCGCUGGCGGCCGUUCUCCCCGUCACCGUGCGUUUGCCCGCCCAUCUGCGCGUCCUUCCACCCCAUCUUCUUCCGCGACCUCCGCCUCCCCGCUUACUCCGUCAUCUCCACUCCCCCUUCCCCCGCUCCGCCUUCCCCCGCGCCGUCGUUCCUCUCCUCAACCUCCUCCGCCACUUCCGCCACCUCCGCGCCCAUUCUCCGCCACAGGUCCGCGCAUUCCCCCCCCGGCUCUUCCUCCUGUAGCACUUCCACCUGCGCCUCCCCGGUCUCCUCCGCUGCCCCCAUCCGCCAUCCCCCCCACGCGGGCCUGGCGCCGCUCCCCCGCCAGGUGGACUGCCGCCAGGUCCACUCCCCCUGGCGCGCGCUGCUCUUUAGGAUCUGCGGCUUCCAAUCUGCGCUGCUGCAGCGGCGGCAGCACGUCUUCAUCAUGCGCCACGCGGAACGGUUAGACACAGUAGACCCGAGAUGGGCGCAAAGGGAGCCCAAUAGCCGGCCUUGGGACCCGCCGCUGUCGGAGUGGGGGCGGUACCAGGCGUACCAAGUGGGAGUGAGACUGCGGAAAGAGGGGUGGGGCGUGACCAGGAUAGUGUGUGCGCCGUACGUGCGGUGCGUGGAGACAGCGGCGGAGGUGAUAGGCGCCAUGAGCAGCACGCCUGACAUGGACUAUGCGCCCUCGGGCCCUGCGUAUGGCGGCUCGUCGUCGCCCUGCCUGCCGCUGCCGUGCCUGGGGAGGGUUGGGGCGGCGGGGUGCAGAACGGUGGGGGUGCAGCGCCACAUGAUCCAGGCGAUGCAGCGGCCCCUGACGCCUGCCCAGGCACUGCAGCACCGCAAGCGGAAGCACGCCAGCAGAGACAAGGCCUCCUCACUCUCCGGUUCGUACCACGACCCCGUUGGGCCAAGGACCCAGGAACCAGUGCCAACAGCACACACGUGGCAGGCAGGCAUGCCAGUGCCCCUGUCCCUCGUGCGUGCCUGCAUCGACUACUCUCUCUGUGAGGUGGUCCCGCCCGGCACGGCACGGCCACGUUUGUCUCAUGUGCUGGCAGGGCGGGCGGCGCUGGAGGCAUUGCUGCCUGCAGAGUGUGUGGAGAGGGUUGGGUGGGCAGUGACAGGCGGAGCGGACUUGAGAGUUCCAAGGGGACCGGAGGAAGUGGAGAAGGCAGCAAUGAGACUGGUGACAGCUAUGGACCGAAUCGCAGAGCAGUGGCCAGAAGAGAACAUAAUUCUCAUCACGCAUGCAGAGGCGCUUCAUGCAUCUGUGCUUCGAUGCUUAAAAAAGGCCAAUGUGUACAAUAUACUUAUGGCGGCAGUUGUUCAUUUACAACGUAAUGUGUAUCGAGAUCGAGAGGACGAGGACGAGAGGGGCAUCAGCGAGUGGCAGCUUGCCACAAGCUCUGGAAUGUCUGGAGUCUACUUUACAUAGUUUGGGCAGUGUAAUGUUGCGCACAAGUGUGACAGCAUAUUGGCAAUGCUUGUUCCUCAUCUCAUAUCAUGU